AUGCAGGCCUUCGGCAACACGCCGCUCUGGGACCUCGCCCAGCCGUCCCACUACUCGUCCAUCUCCGACGACGACUUCCUCGCCCUCCUCUCCAAGCAGUUCCCCGGCUCCAUCCCGGACCUCACCCCCAACCCCACCGGCAGCAACAACGACGGCGACACCAGCCCGUCGACCUUCGCCUUCCCCACCUCGUCCUCGGACGCCCCGCCGACGCCCGUCGACGGCAUCAAUCCGCAGGCGCUCAGCCGCGCGCCGCUCGUCCCGACCGAUGCGACUCCGCCCUUGACGGACGACAGCAGCCCGAGCCCGCCGAGCGUCACCGACGAGUCGCGCUCGCGCCGCACGUCGAUGGUCGGCGGGGCUGACCACGCCGACGGACAGCACCUCAAGCGCAAGGCGAGCGAGGAGGAGGUCGCCGGCGAGCCGACGCACAAGUCGCAGCACUCUGAGUCGAGAAAGGCGUCGAGCUCUUCGGUGGCCAACAGCCGGCGCAAGUCGACAGGGGCGCACGAGAAGGACGAGUCCCGCCUCUUGCGGCGCAAGGAGCAAAACCGAGCCGCCCAGCGCGCCUUCCGCGAGCGCAAAGAAAAGCAUGUUAAAGACUUGGAAGACAAGGUGGCGGAGCUCGAAGCCCAAAAUCGGGCGGCGCAGUCCGAGAACGAGAACCUGCGCGACCUGCUCCAGCGCCUGCAGACCGAGAACCAGACGCUCAAGCAGACCGCUUUUACCUUCUCCGUCCCCCACGGCGUCGCCGGGCCUGGUCCCACCACGCAAUCCAACAUGGCCCAGCAGCAGCAGCAGCAGCAAGGCAACAACGCCUCCAACACCGUCAACCACCUCUUCUCCUCGACGCCGCUCGUGCACCAGCCGCCUCAGCAGCAACACCCGACGACGAACGACGACAUCGACUGGAACUCGCUCACCGCGUUCGAUCCGAGCGUGCUCGCGAUGCUCGACGAACCGAGCGAUCCGCAGAGCAUGAACGUCGACUAUCCCGGACCCACGACGGGCGGCGUCGAUAGCGCCAAGUCGCCGUACCGGACGAUCGUGUCCAACCCGAUGUUCAUGUCGUUCGCGGACCCGAAUCCGAUGUACGAUCAGUUCUGGUCCGCGCAAGCGAUGCACGCCUCUGGCUCGAGCUCGUCCGCCUCCUCGUCCUCCCAACAACAACAACAGCAGCAGCAGCAGCAGCAUAACGGCCAACAUCAGCAGCAGCACUCGUCGUCGGCGUGGUCCCCGCCUGCGGCGUCCGGCUCCACCUGGAGCCCGCCGUUUACGCUGAGCAGCGACCCGAACGCGCUGGACGAUAUCUUUGGGAGCGGGAACUACACGAGCACCGCGAGCCCGGUCGACUUUGGCAGCUUCAUGUCGUCGGCGGCGUCGGCCUCGCCCGCCAACUCGCUCAGCCCCGUCUCGCAUCGCCACAACAGCGGGCAGUCGAUCGUCGGCGUCUCCACGGCCACGACGACGCCCGCUUCGUCGUCCUCCUCCUCGUCCUCGUCCUCGUCGGGCGUACCCACUCCCGCGGCGGCGAACUCGCCGGGCUCGUGCGCGACCGAGAGCGGGGAGUGUCCGAAGACGAAGGCGGAGCUGGCGAAGGCCGUCGCUAAGGACGGCGGAUCGCCGUUUACGGAUACGACCCCGGCGGGCGCUUCGCCCAAGCCGACGAUCAGCAAGGCGAAGGAGGGCGGGAGCGACGAGACGCAUAUAUUCUGCGCGGGAAGCAAUUUCCCCAAGGUGCCGCAGAGCGCGGAUAAUAUCGAGGUGUUGGCGGCGUGGCGGAGUAUCACGAGUAAUCCCAAGUUUAAGGAUCUGGAUAUCAACGAGCUGUGCACGGAGUUUACGAGCAAGGCCAAGUGCGACGGGACGAAGGUCGUGCUCGAGCCGAGCGGGGUGAACCAUAUCAUCGAGAAGCUGAGUGCCAAGGCGGCGCAAAAAUAG